UAUUUUGGAACUGGAGGAGGUGCUACACUGUGCACCCCCAUCCAAUCUCUUUGGUUCCUCCCACCCGUCAGUCUUUGUGGGACGUUGGGUAAGACCAUUUCUGGGGCGUGGGGGAGUCGCGUUCGACCCCUGCGGCGAUGGGCGGAGCCGGAGCCUGGGCCUGGGCAAGGAACUGGGUUCUGGAACGUCUGUUCUGGAUAGGAGGGUUGGUGAGAGUUUUGGUGAUAUUGCCACCUCUCUCUCCCAACUUUGAACACAGCUUUCGUCUGCCCAGGUCUGUCUUCUACUCGCUAUGCCGCUGCCCGUUGCUCUGCAGACCCGCUUGGCCAAGAGAGGCAUCCUCAAACAUCUGGAACCCGAACCAGAGGAAGAGAUCAUUGCUGAGGACUAUGAUGAUGAUCCUGUGGAUUAUGAGGCCACACGCUUGGAGGGCCUGCCACCAAGCUGGUAUAAGGUGUUUGAUCCUUCCUGUGGGCUCCCUUACUACUGGAAUGUGGACACAGACCUCGUGUCCUGGCUCUCCCCACAUGACUCCAACUCCAUCGUUACCAAGUCUGCUAAGAAGCUCAGGAGCAGUAAUGCAGAUGCUGAGGACAAGUUGGACCGAAGCCAUGAGAAAUCAGACCGGAGCCAUGAGAAAUCGGACCGGAACCAUGAGAAGUCUGACCGGGGCCAUGAGAAGUCUGAUCGGGGCCAUGAGAAGUCAGACAGAGACCGAGAGCGUGGUUACGACAAGGUGGACAGAGAGAGAGAGCGGGACCGGGAUCGGGACCGGGACCGGGAUCGGGACCGGGACCGUGGGUAUGACAAGGUGGACAGAGAAGAGAGCAAAGAACGGCGCCACCAUCGCCGGGAGGAGCUGGCUCCCUACCCCAAGAGCAAGAAGGACCUUACUCUGCCACCUCCUUCCACAGUUGCAAGCCGGAAAGAUGAAGAGUUAGAUCCCAUGGACCCCAGCUCAUACUCAGAUGCACCCCGGGGCACAUGGUCAACAGGACUCCCCAAGCGAAACGAGGCAAAGACGGGUGCAGACACGACAGCUGCUGGGCCCCUCUUCCAACAGCGCCCCUACCCAUCCCCAGGGGCUGUGCUCCGGGCCAAUGCUGAGGCCUCCCGAACCAAGCAACAGGACUGAACCCUUGAGGUUUUUAAUAAAAGCUUUUCAGUGGAUCAUAA